AUGAGCACUGAAGCUGAAUUAAUGUUUUCACCGGAACGUUCAUCAAAUAUUGCGUUUCAUGUAUUCUCCAGCAAGAAAGCAAGUCGUCGCCGAGAGACAUUAAAUAAACCAUCAAAACCUGUAUCAUGUCGUAUUUUUCGAUAUUUUACACCAGCGGUUGCUGCUACAAGACCAUCAAGUGCUGUUUCAGUUAGUACAGAUUCUUAUGGUGUCGCAUUGGAAAGUCCGUAUUAUACGAAAUCAGAUACAUCUACAUAUUGGGAUCAAUGUUUUGAACAUCUUGAAUGUCUCGGUCGUGGUUCAUUUGCUGAAGUUUAUAAAGUUCGUCAUAAAGAAGAUAAUCAAUUGUAUGCAAUCAAACGUUCAUUAACAAAAUUUCGUGGUAAAUCUGAUCGCGAUGAAAAAUUACGAGAAGUUCGUUUUCAUGAAGCACUUGCGACACACAGAAAUAUUCUUAAAAUAAUUCGAGCAUGGGAAGAACGCGAACGUUUAUAUAUUCAAACAGAACUUUGUGAAAGCAACUUAUUGGAAUAUACAGCAGAUAAUCCUAUGACACAACCGAUGACUUGGCAUUUUCUCUAUCAGAUCAGUCAAGCUCUUCAUUUUCUUCAUUCUUUAUACUAUGUUCAUAUGGAUGUUAAACCAGAAAAUGUUUUAAUUACAUACGAUGGCAUUCUUAAACUCUGUGAUUUUGGUAUUGUACAUGAUUUACAAAGUGCAUCAACGUUAGCACAAGAUGGUGAUGCUCGUUAUCUUGCAUUUGAAGUGCUUGCAGGCACAGUAUCUACAGCAGCUGAUAUAUUUAGUUUAGGUAUAGCUGCACUUGAAUUAGUUAGUGAUUAUGAUUUGCCUAUAACCGGUGAUGUUUGGACAAAUAUACGUCAAUUAAAGCUACCGAUGGAGAUUAUGUCAGUUUUAACUGAUAUUGAAUUAAAAGAACUGUUACUACGUAUGAUACAUCCUGAUUAUAAAUUGCGACCAUCAGCAAAAGAUGUUCUAGAUAGUCCAACCAUUCGUGAUAAAGUUUCCAAUAUGCCAUCACCAUUUGCAUUUAAUCAAUGUCAAUAUCAGCAUCUUGUUGCAUCAACUGUUGAAAACGAUUCUCAUGCUAGUCAUGUUUGUCGUACACCAAUAAAAAAAGCAAAACGACCACCAAAUUAUUUUGGUUAUCAUGAUGAACCUUCAGAUGACGAAUUUCGGGCUCAUUCUAUGCAUGAUACUUCUCGAUUAACACCGCCACCACCACCGCCAGCAGCUGUUGGUGAUCCACUUCGAGUACGUCUGUUUCCUACUGAUUCAGAUGAAGAUAUGAAUGAUGAUCAACUGUAUCUUCGAAAAUCUCCAGUUCAAUUAAAAUUUGACAGCAGUGGAGCUGAAGAUUAA